AUGCCCACUGUGAGGAGGUGCCAUUUCGACGAUGGCUUGAAUUUUGUCGGAGGAUUGUUGCACCUUGUCGCCCGUGACGAUGUGGCUGAGAAACUCGAUUUUCUCCGCGGCGAUCGUACACUUCGGUGGGGACACUUGGAAGUGGGCCCGAUUGAGGAUGAAGCUGACCUCAUCCACAUAAAGCUUGUGCCCUUCGAGCGUCUUGGAGAAGAUGAUGAUGUCAUCGAGAUACACGACGACGUAAUCCCACCGCCCGUUCGCCAGGAGCUCGUUCAUUGCCCGUUGGAAAGUAUGAGGGGCGUUCAUGAGGCCUUGAGCUAG